CCUUAUUUGCAGCACCUACCCGCUCAUAUACACCAGAUCUAUAUCAUCCUACGAAUCAAGAGCUAUCUAUUCACUCUCCUCGAAUCACUCCUCCAACUCUCAUCCAUAUCAGUCAUCUCUCAAGUCCGGGUAUGAACGGCAACAUGGGCGACUACGCAGCACAAUAUCCUCCAUAUGAUGCGUCAAUAGACCCCUCGUCGCUAUUCUUCAAUAACGGUCACGUACCACAACUCAGCCCAUCCGACCCCCUCCUCCAAUCCUUCUCCCCAAACACCUCAUCCCUCCCCCUCGACCUCUCCUUCGGUACACCCACUCCAGAUACCCUCUCAGCUACCAACGGAGGAGCCGAACUCGACAAACGCAAAGCCCAAAACCGCGCAGCCCAACGCGCCUUCCGCGAACGCAAAGAAAAACACGUCAAAGAACUCGAACAAAAACUGAACGAGUUGAGGGAAAACACGUCAUUGACGGCGGAGGAGAACAAGACGCUGAGAGAGCAGAUUGCGAGGUUGGAGAUGGAGAAUGAGGUUUUGCGGCAGGCGGGGAUAACGAGUCCGGAGUUGAAACCUGAAGCGAAUGUUCCGGCGCGGUUUGAGUUUCCCAAACCCGACACUCUCCCUCUGGGUCGAAAUUCAUCGCGUUCACCCUCCGCCGGACCAAACGGCAACCCCUCAAGCCCCGACACCGUCUCCUCCAUCUCCUCCUCCUACCUCCACACCCACACAACAUCCUCCCACCCCGUCCUGCCCCCAACAGCGAUGUCCUGCCCCAAAGUAUGGUCAAAAAUCGUUUCACACCCCCGUUUCGACGAGUUGAGUGACGACCAAGUGGGUUUUGUGAGUCAGCGCUUGAGCGUUGUGGCGACCGAAGAGAGGGGGAUCGAGGAGUUGAUUAGGGAGACGAUUGGGGGGGUUCUGGAUGGGGAUGCGAUGCAGGCGUAGGUGGGGAGUGUACGAUGAAGUGACUUUGACAUUUGCAACUGGGUUUAUUGGAGUUUUAAUGUGGUUCACAAAGGGAU